AUGCCUCCAUCACGCAAGCCUGUCCAUCGUGCACUGCUGUUGCUGCCGCCUGCGCCCUCACCACCGUCAUAUGCUGCGCUCAAGGCCGCCUACAACUCACCCUUGUUCACUGUCUUGAGAGAGCUGGCCACAUCCCCUCGCGUAUCAAAAGAACCCACCGUUUUAGAAAUUGCACUGCCAUGCCCGCAUCUGUACGGACAUCUAGAUGCGCCCCGGGGCGUACACUAUGCGACUACUCAACAAUUGGUCGCCGACCUCUACAAGCUCAUCUGCAUCACGGCUAGUAGAGAAUCUAUCGAUACAGAAGACUCUGAGGGCGUUGAUGCUCGCGUCAUAUUAGUCGCAUAUCCUCGGCAUGGCCAAUUGACGACGCCGCUGCCCGAUUCAACUCCUGAGCAGGAACUCCAAGGGCCUGCUAUCGAUAUCCAUACGCUAGCCCGGAGUUCUCGGUCAUGGGAUACUAUCUACUCGGUCGAGAGCGAGGAAGGGGAGCGCGUACUAAAAAGCUUUCUUUCUUUAUCCCAAACUCAGACACCCAUAUCUAAAGUUCGCGGUGGCAUUGUCAGUGUAGAAAGCCCAGAAUCAUCAUCGUCUACCGGUAACUCAGACAACUCAAUCAACCACAUGUCCGUUGCCGUCGGAGGCACUUUUGAUCACCUCCACAUUGGUCACAAACUACUGCUCACCAUGUUUGCCUUCAUGUUGGGAAGACGACAAGCAUCUCCUUCUGACACAACUCCCAGCGUGCUUACCGUUGGAAUUACCGGAGAUGCUCUGCUAGUAAAUAAAAAGUUUGCAGAGCACCUCGAGAGCUGGAAAGAGCGUCAAGAAUCGACACACAACUUCCUCUCAUCUAUCGUCUACUUUGGCCCCCCAGGCGACGAGCGUAUCCACGUUGAAGAGAUCAAGGAACCCGGGCCGAACGGACAUGCCGUCCACGUCAGCUAUCCUUUUGGGCUCACUAUCAAAUACGUCGAGAUCUGGGAUCCUUUCGGCCCAACCAUCACUGACAAAGAAAUUUCUGCCCUGGUGCUCUCUCUUGAAACAAGGGGCGGAGGUGCUGCUGUGAACAACAAGCGCAGUGAGCAGGGAUGGAAUCCCCUCGAUAUUUUUGAAGUUGCCGUCCUCGAUGCCAGCGAGGAAGGCAAUGUAGACGAGACGUUCCAGAGCAAGCUGAGCAGCACCGAGAUUCGUCGUAAACGGAGCGAACGUGUUCAAUCCAGGGCGAAAGCGUGA